AUGGCAGCACCAGUCAGCAGAGUGAAGUUCUCCUUCAUUCUGAGUUUGUUUCUCGGAGCCACAUUUUCCAUUUGGCCCCUGGCUCCUGCAGUUACGGUUUGUGACAUAUUUGUUCCAUCACCAGCAGCCUUCCACCUGCCGCCCUGCCAACUCAUCAACCAGACGGUGUCUCUGGAGAAGGAGGGCUGUCCCAAGUGUCACCCAGUGGAAACAACCAUCUGCAGUGGUCACUGCAUCACCAAGGACCCUGUUAUCAAGAUACCGUUCAGCAACGUGUAUCAGCAUGUGUGCACGUACCGAGACUUUUACUACAAGACAUUUGAGCUUCCUGACUGUCCUCCUGGCAUCGACCCGACCGUCACCUACCCUGUGGCUCUGAGCUGCCACUGUGGCCGCUGUGCCAUGGACACAUCUGACUGCACAUUUGAGAGCCUGCAGCCCAACUUCUGCAUGAAUGACAUACCUUUCUACUACUAGUCUCAAGUCCGACAACACACUAGAAAUAGAAUCUAUCCAAACACUCAGCACCAGACUCUUCUAAAUAAAGAUUGUUACA